AUGCGCAAUCUGCGUUGUCAUGCAGGACACGCGUCGGCACUGGAAUUGGCUUUAAGUGCACUUUGCCCCAAAUCCCGCUACAGUGUGUGGUUGAGACCAUCAUCACUGCGCAAAUCAUCCUCCGCCAGCAGCAGCAGCAUCAACAACGCCUGUCCCCCGCCGCCGCCCACGCCGCACCAAGUCAAUCCCGCCAGCAGCAGCAGCACUCCGCCUCAUUCCAAUUCCCAGCAUCCGAAUCCGCAUCCGCACCACCACCCACUGCCGCACCACCCACAGUACCAGAACCACCAGCACAGGCGCGGCAGCAGCUCCAGUCACACCAGCCACGCGGAAAACUCAAGCGGCUUGGCCACGAAACCGGCCAUCAAUUUGCUGGCCAAUCAUCUGCAGGCCAACUACUUUGAGUUCCCGCCCACCGCUCCUGCCCAGGCGUCGUUGCACCACAGCGGGCGCACCGCAGUCUCCACGCCGUCCCUGAACUUGCAGCACCACCACCACCAGCAGCAGCAGCAGCACCCCUGCACCACAGCCGGUGGUCAGUACAGCUCGGCAGUUGCCAGAGCGGCUGCCUCCACGGCCUGCGCGCUCCUUGCCACGUGCCACGUGUCCAGGGAUCCCGAUCAGGACUGCGCCCGACAUCUGCAAUCCCCCCUCACUCACCAGAUACACCAGCCUCAGAAGCCGGAGUACCUGCAGCCGACCGCAAGCAAAAUGGGGCGACGCGAGAUAAAGCGCUCUAAUACCAGUGGCUCCACCACCAGAUCCUACGACAGCGGAAGCGCAACCACAAACUUCGUGGGCAAAUUCACGCAGAGUGUGCGCCGAAUCGUGCAGGAUGUGAAGGACGAGGGGGCGCCCAGUGGAAUGACGCGGGACGAGGUGAUCGAGACGAACGAGCGCCUGCGAUCCUUGCGCCUUCGCCUGGAGGAGUCCUACGAGACCGCCAAGAAAGCCCUGAUCAACCUCAUGAACAAGUACGGCGACUCGAAGAGCCAACGCAACAUAUUCCAACGCUAUCCCAUGCUCAAGCUGAUGAUUAAGGAAGUUAUCCGCCUGGAGACCCAGUACUGGACUCUGGUGGACAUCCCGCGGCAGGAGAAGCAGGAGACAGUGCCCUCCUACGUGAUGCGGGCCUGCUCGAUCAUGGAGAAGACCCAGAAGUCCGGCGAGGGAGUAAAGACCUCCGCCCGCCUGGCAGAGGAGGCGGCUGAGCGGCGGGAGCGGAUGGAGCGAUUGGAACAUAUGACAACGGCCCAAAUCGAACACGAGAAUACGCAGCUAAUAAACGACUUGUACCGCUUGCUGAAAAAGUACUUGGGACUGCGACACCUCAUACGUGUGUUGAAGGAAGAGUACGGCAGCUCAAAGAUGUAUCCGAUAUUUCCACGCUACACAAUGCUGAAGGACAUGAUAAAGGGCAUCAUGCACGAUCCGGACUACAUGGAGGUGUGCCACGAGACACUGGCCAACGCCAACUGAGCCGAGGGCACCGGAAAUGGCAGGCGUCGCAUGAGUGUCAUUUGAGAGGGCCCAAAAACUAAUAGCAAUACCAAUACAAGCAGCAGCAU